AUGCAAGCACUCAUUGCGACAGAAGAUCAUUCCGCUGCUGUUCAGUCAGCACCGAUCCCCCCUCCCUCCUCGGCGCAGAUUCUUGUCCGCGUUCACGCCGUAGCACAGAAUCCCACCGACUGGAAGCAUGUCGCAGCUCUCUCCGAGCCAGGAAAUUAUGUUGGCUGUGAUUUCGCCGGGGUAGUAGAAGCUGUUGGUGACUCCGUCAAGACUCGUCAAGUUGGGGAUCGAGUUGCAGGCUUCGUCCAUGGAGGCAUUGGCUCUUUUGCCGAGUACUUGAUCACUGAGCCAGCGGUUACCUUUGCUAUUCCCUCCUCCACUUCGUUCAAGGCUGCUGCGACUUACGGGAUUGCGUGCACGACAGCUUAUCAAGCCCUUCAUCAGCGUCUAGGUAUCUCAAUCCCGGGAUCCCUGGAGAAAGCUGUUCUGGUCUGGGGCGGUGCCACCAGCGUCGGGUGCUUUGCCAUUCAACUUGCCAAGCUUGCCGGCGCAACGGUGAUUGCGACGGCGAGUCCCGAUCAGUGGGAGUAUCUGAAAGGGCUUGGUGCGGAUGUGUGCGUUGAUUACAAAGAUCCAGAGGUCGUGAAGAAAGUGAAGGACGCCGCCGGAGAAAAUGGCGUUACCUACGGUUUGGACUGCAUCUCAGAGGAACAGACAGUCAAAGCCGCAACUUCCUGCUUUACCGGGAGUGGCAAGCUCAUCACCUUGCUUGGAACCCCACGUAUUGCAAACAGCAACCCUGAUCAGGUCACAGUGCAGCCAACGCUUGUGUACACCAUCCUUGGCCGUGCCUUUGAGAUGCGGGACCAUGAGUAUCCCGCCUCCCCCGAGGACCGUCGUGUAGCGGAGCAGCUCUACGAGGAGCUACCGGAGUGGAUCCAGAGCGGUAAGGUCAAACCCAACACAACUCGUAUUGUCGAGGGGGGUUUGGAUGGUAUCUUGAGAGGUUUCGAGGAAAUGAAGAGUGGUAAAGUCCGGGGCGAGAAGCUUGUCUAUGUCAUCAAGGAGUGA